GAGACCCCCCCCCAAGUGAAAGCUCCUGCAGUUGCUUCACGCUUCCUCAAGAUGUUGCGAGCCGCACCUUGGAGACAAACUGCAAAUGACUUGGUUAGCUUGCAUCAAGAUCAAGCGCUCAAUGCAACUAUAUAUAUAUUGAGAGAAUUAGGCCCAGUUGGAUUUCAUCUGAAAGAAGAGGGCGAAGCAAAGUAUUUUAAAGUAAACAUAGGAAAUCCUCACAGCUGUAGCUGUUCGACAUUUCUGAAAGAAAAGGACCUCUGCAAACAUAUCUGCUGGAUUUUGUUGAAGAAGUUUAAGCUUCCACGGGAUCAUGAAAACUCUUUCCAAAUUGGCCUUGUGGAUCGAGAAAUUGAUAUGCUGUUGGAGAAUCUGCAUCGAGAAACCUCACCUCAACCACUUGCCAGUAGAUCCAGGAGGAAGCAAACUUUUGAAGAUGUGAUUGGACUUGUAAGGCAGAAGGUGGUGGAGCUAGAGGAUGUCUGCCCUAUUUGCCAAGAGGAACUACUGAAAAAGAAACAGCCUGUAACAUACUGCAGGUUUGGCUGUGGUAAUAAUAUCCAUAUCAGAUGCAUGAAGAUCUGGGCAGAGCACCAAGCAAAGAUUGACAAUGAAAACAUCAUCAAGUGUCCUCUCUGCAGGGAGGAGUUUGCACCAUUAAAUCUUCUACUUGAAGAAUUCAGAAAUUGCAUCAAACUUACCACAGCAGCAGAAAGGGAGAGGCUGGACAAGCAUCUUGGUAUUCCAUGCAACACGUGUAAAGUCUGCCCAAUCCAGGGCAAGUGCUACAAGUGUGCAAGCUGUUCUGAUUUUCACCUUUGCCAGAAAUGUUAUCCCAACCACAGUCAUUAUCAGCACCAGUUCAUGUUUCGAGAGAAGAGAAAUCACCGCUGGCAUCCAGUGCAGCACGCUUCUGGUCAGCCAUUACCAUCAGCAGUUAUUGCUGAUCUGAUGAACAGAGAGAUAGCCCCUGAGGACUAUGAAUUACUUCUUCAACUAGACAAAGAUAGGUCAUCCAGUGUGCCUCAAAACAUAGUGGGAGCUUUGCCAUUGCUGGUAGUGAGACAUGGAAGUAAGCUACUUCUGCCCGGUCAACAGUGCAGAAUCUGUCUAAAGGUGUUUAGAAUCAGUCAGCAUGUUCGUCGACUGCCUUGCAACCACAAGUUUCACAGAGAAUGCAUUGACCAUUGGCUGUUGCACGAGCGGAACGCUUGCCCAAUCGAUGGAGAAGUCGUCUAUCAUCCAUUAACAUGGAAUGCAGGACUAAACAGAGGCAAAAGUCAAGAGGUUUCCAUUAAUUCCCAGCUCGUUAAGCCUGACGUCGGAUGAACCAUCCUCAGUUCCUUAUUCCAGGGAUUGGUUUCUAUUCAACACUGAAAAGAAUAACCAGCAACCAAGCCCAGUGUCAGAAAAAACAAAGUCGAGGAGAACACAGAUAUUGUGAAUCAACAGGUUUCCCAGAAGAUUU